AUGGCCCAAGACCAGUCGAUUCUGAUUGUCAUCUCUCGCAACUCGGUUCAUCCUCAGGGCGGAUUUGUGUCAUUCAGCCUUGCCAAUUCUGGUGCGGGGGUUGAGGCCAUUGAUCCAAGUUGUUUGUCUCCUGAGCCAGCGCAAGAAACAAGGCCCCAGGGCGGCGUGCCGCAAAUCAAUGGCAUCGAAGGAUCAACCGAUGAGUACCCGCCCAUUUGA